AUGACUGAAUCAAUCUCACUUGAUCGAAUGUCAGAAGAGAAGAAGGCCAAAUUUAAAGACAAACUGGUGAGCUUUAUUCAAGACUUACAUGGAUCAGAGAUUCUCUCCGACGUUACAUUUAAGCAUAAAGGGGACGUUAUACGAUGCCACAAAUUUGUAAUUUUGAGCCAUACCGAUUAUUGGGGCGAUUUAACAAAUGUCAAUGAGAUUUCAAUCGGUAAUAUCCAAAGUUUUUUCACGUUUUGUUUUUAGAUGAUCAGAUGGACCGCGAUGUCUUUCUUGCAAUCAUCGAAUGGAUGUAUACUUUCAAAUUCUGUAGAAAAUGGGGGGUUUUAUUUUUGCUACGGUUGCUUGAGACUAGCGAAUUAUUUAAAUUAUUAGAUCUAGUGGAUGUGUAAGUGCAAUUCCCUGUGUUAAUGGAUUUAGAUGCUCAAUCUGUUUAAUCGAGGAAAUACAAAUGGAUAAUUGCAUUACUAUAUAUGAGGCAGGGUUACGAACAAAUGCAUUAUAUCUUCAAACGACAGUGUCUGAUUUUAUAGCUUUGCAUUGGCAUGAUUUGAGCCCAUCACUGUUUACGGACGUUGCCUUGGACGUGAUGAUCGAUUUAGUUAAGACGUAAGUGUUAUGACGCUCUGAUUGAUUAAAGGCAUUCCACCAAGGUCCUACCAACGCUGAUUAACAUAAAACGAAGGGAUGGCGUAAAGAGAUUCUUAGAGGAUGGUGUAAGUUGUGCUUUAAUGAAUUAGUAGGUUUAGGGUUGUUCUGAAUUAAACGUGGAAGAUGAGUGUGGACUAUUCCCAUUAGACAUAGCGUUUGAACAGGACGAUUUAGAAAUCGCUCAUUUACUCCAUGAAUUUGGCGCUGAUCUAAAUGCGACCAAUGUUGAGGGGAAGUGUUUGUUGGCCAAGGCCGUCGCAAGAGGUAGGGAUCGUUGUAAAAAAAUAAACGCAUUAGGAAACUUUGCGGUAUUGAGUUUUCUGGUCGAGAAUGGGGCAAAUGUAAAUUAUAUCAGCCAGCCGACCAAGAGAACUCUUCUUCAUGACCUUUCAUUAUCCACCGAUAAAAGUGAUAUGAAUGGCUGGGUGAAGAACCAUUUGAAAUUAUUUGAUGUUAAUGCUGUCGAUUACGAAGGAAGGUAUGCCAUCCUUAUGCUUUUAAUUUCGCCUCUAAAGAACUCCCUUAUUUUAUGCAAUAGAAAAACAAAACGGGCCAAUGUUGGAUCUUAUGUUAAGUCAUGAUGCCAUAAAAGUUGACGCAAGCCUUCUGGAGUUGGCCUUGUUUACACUAAAUGAUGUUGGAGUUGCGGAGAAACUGAUUUCCCAUGGGGCGAGGAUGGAGUUUGCUGACGAACAAGGUAGGCUUUCAUGAAAAUUGGCGUAGAAAUAGUUCAAUUUCAGGAAACACGGUCUUUCAUCGAGCGAUAUUGCACGAAAAAUGGAAUUUGGUAAAUUUCUUGGUAAAACAUGCAAGAAACGUUAAUGAGAGAAAUAAUGACGGCCGAACGCCUCUACAUCUUCUUCUGAAUAGACUCAGCGUCAAGCCUAGUACUACACAGUCGAUCGAAUUGGAUGUUCUAAAGCUGCUUCUGAAGUCUGGGGCUGAUCCUAACCUUGUGGACGAGUUUAGUGGUCAAACUUCAUUAAAUUACGCCUCGCGCCUUCCUGUUUUUAUUUUAAAAAUUAUUUUAGAAUUAUGUAAAGGUAAAGUCAUAGUUCGAAAAUUAUUUUUUAGGUGUUGAUUUUAAUGUCAAAGAUAGGGAGGGAUGUAGUCCACUGUGGAAUUCUUUAAAAACCGGAGUCUUCGAUACAUCUCUUAUCCUUGUUGACGGUGGUGCUGAUGUGAACGAAGGUGCCGCCACUGGGGACGCCUUGUUAUUACGAGCUCUGGACGAAAAAAGGGACGAUAUCUUUCACUUCUUAAUUUCAAAUGACGCAAAUAUCAACGUUAAGUGAGUGCCGUUUAUUGGGUCACACGUUAUUAUGCGUUUAGACAAUUUUUUGAUAAGAGUUUUACUUUAGAUCUCCGGAGGGUUUGUCAUGUCUUAUGAUAGCUGUAAAAAGGGGGUUAACGUCGAUCGUUGACACUUUGUGCAAGCUCGGAGCAUCUAUGAAUUCACCUGACCCCGUCACGAAUGACGUUCUGUUGUGGACAGCUUUAAAGAAUAAUGAUUAUGGUACUGCACAGGUCCUGGUGUCUCAUGGGUGUGACCUGGAGGCUCCAACAGUGGUUGAGGGUGUUGAGCGAACAUUACUUAUAAGGGCCAUAGAGGAAGGAGACGUUAAGCUAGCCUUGUUUCUGAUAAAAAGUGGAUGUGAUGUGAAUGCUCGCUCAAAUGGCGAGGUCGUGUUGGAAUGCCCGCUUCACCUAAGUAUAAAAAACGGAUUGCCCGAAUUGGUCGGUGCCCUUCUGUCGAACUUAAAGUGUAAGGUGGAUUAUCAAGUAAGUCGUUUUUUCACCUUUGGAUUUCAUAUGAUAUCCGUCAGGGCUUCAUAAUUUCCGAAUCACAGGUUAAAGUUCGGGUUUUUGAAAAUUUCAAUUUCUAGCAUUGUUGGUCUAGCAUUAGAACUUUUCAGUGAACUUGAACUUAGAUCGAUGUUGAGUUUGAAAAAAUUGAAACUUAAUAAGUCCGUUAAUGAAAUCCGCUAUUAAUGGACCGUUGUCGUGAUUUAAAUUUACUCGCCAAAAAGUUCGGACGAUUUUAUCGCCUCUAUCGCGCGCGAAAAUUGGAGUGAGCUCACGAAAAGUGCACGUCGCUAGUGCAAACACGGGAAAUCCCGGCGACAAACGCGAAAAUUCAGAAAAACGCGCAGUACGAAUUGUCAAGCAGUAUUUGUCUGUAUGAUUACAGGAUAUCAAUGGUAACACUGCCGCGCAUUUGGCAGUGAUGAAUGAGGAUAAAGAUGCGCUAGAUGUUUUGUUGGCUCAUCCCGACCAAUCAGCUCUUCUUAUAAGAAACAAAAAAGGGCAAACGCCUUUGUCUAUAGCCAUGGAUCACAAAAAUAACAAAUAUGCGGAAGCUAUAUGCAAGAGAUUACCAUACGCAGCCCUUCAAGUAAAUGCAGAAGGAGAGAACCUACUUCACGUAGCGAUAAGAGACGAUGAUCUAGAAGCUGUUUUAUUCUUACUGGGGUUACAGGUCAGUUUUCUCGUUUGUUGGAACGAUUCAGGGGUUUAAUUAUAGAUUGACGUGAACAUCCCAACGGAAAACAAUCUACGACUUUCUCCUUUACAUUUGAGUGCAAGGUACAGUAGUGGUCUGAUCAUGCGCAACCUAAUUCUUGCUGGCGCUACGUUGGACGCUGUCGACACCUCUGGAAAGACUGCACUUCACGAGGCAGCCAUAUUUGAUCGGCCCGACCAUAUAAGCAUUCUCCUGGAGAACGGCGCUGAUCCGAACAUUGUGAACAACGAAGGAAACAACGGUAUCUCCUUUUUAACCGCACUAUUAUCCAUAUCGUUUAGCGUUGCAUCUGGCGAUAUUGGAGUCAUCUUUUAAUUCCGUUCAAACCCUACUUUUAGAGUCAUCCGUCGAUCCUUUAGCGGUAAAUAAAUUGUAAGUCAAAUUUUACGCUUUACGGUUUAAAUUUAGAAAUCGGAAUAUUAUACAUCUGUGUGCAAACAUCUCUGGCCUUUGUGCGGCUGAAAUGUUCCAAACCAUAAUUGAAAUAAUUCCAAACUAUCCGUUAGAGAGCGGAGAUAUACAUGGAAAUACAGGUGACCUUGAAUAGGUGAAACUCAACUCGAAUUACAGCUUUUUUGCUGGCUUUUGUGAACGGAAACGGAGAUUUGUGCAGGUUAAUGUUAAAAUAUGGAGUCUGUCUAUCAGCGAGAAAUAAGAAAGGCGAGUCUGUCUUCCAUAUACAAUCGCCGGCAUCCAAUUUGCUUGAAAACUUACUUGGUAAGCAAUUUGCGUUAUAGACAUUCUUCAAACGUGGAGUAUACAAAUGUCUUUUUCAGUUUUGCUGGACCGAGAGCCGAAAUGGAGCGAAGGAGAUUCAUGUUCAGAUUGUGAAUCCAAAUUUACCUUAACCAUGAGGAAACACCAUUGCCGUCAUUGUGGGAGACUUGUUUGUGGAAAAUGUUCAGAACUUCAAAUGCCUAUUCUCAAAUAUAAUUUAUCGAAGAACGUCCGCGUCUGCCAAGUCUGUUACGCUGUCCUUACCACAGGGAUUUCUUCAAAACCCAAGUGUGCGGCUUAUCCUCUUGAAGGGCCUGACUGA